UAUUUCAAACUGUUAAACGCUCAGAAUAGUUGAUACAAUCACAAGCAACGCUCCGUAAUAUAGUUUAUGAACUAAGCACGAUACAUACUAAAUUGAAAAGGCGGUAGACGCAGCAACAGUAAUGAAAAGUAUUCCACUCCAUAUUUUGGCAUGUGCAACCCUCUGACACGACUGAAACUGCAAGCUUGCGGAUGGAUACGUGAUAUACACCGCUAUACUACGGCUCGGCCGAGGGCGAACAGAAAGGGCGACUGCAAGACUAAAAAGCGAAAAGGAGAACUGCCAUUAAGAACCGAAGUCUUUUUUUGGACACAUUUAAAAAAUACAAAACAGUAUCCGCGUUUAAAACACCACAGCGAUUAUCAGACGAACGUAGGACGCCCGCCAAGACAGUGACUGAAGAAACGGGCGGAGAGGAAUGUCAAAAUAAGACGAAAAAAGGAAGCAGAGACGAGCAGCCAAACAUCAGUCCUAACAGCGGUCUCCAUUUUAACUGCUCGCCCGGUCUGCACCUCACGUGUCCUGGACUGUCUCUCUCACAUGACCCGAGUGUUUGUCCCCGUGAUCAGCACUUCCAUCUCCGUCUCCGUGUCACUGAAUAUCACAUUUUAAACGCGAAGCCCCAUGGAUAUGCUAGAACAGACUCUGGAUACCACCACAAGUCACGAGAAACAAGAGGAGGAGGUUGUGCAGAUUACGGAAGGGGAUAACGGCGGAGGAGCUGAGCAGACGGUUACCAUAGCAGGAGUACCGCAGGCUGCAGCGUUCGUCGACCACAACAUCCAGUACCAGUUUCGCACGGAGAACAGCGGUGGACAGCUUCAUGCCCCGCCCCUCUCCCCUCCGCUGCAGGUGACGUACCGCGUCGUCCAGGUAACGGACCAGCAGCUCGAGGCCGGGGACGACGGGGGAGGGGCGGUCAGCGUCGUCUCGACCGCCGCCUUCACUGGGGCACAGCAAGCCGUGGCUCAGGCAGUGAUACAGAACCCCUUCAGUAAUGGGGGAAGCCCGGUGGGGGACCCUGUGGGGGGGGAGACGCGCUUCGCCUACUUCCCCACGGCAACCGUGAGCGACGGCACGGCAACCGCAGUAUCUGUGCAGGCUACUGCUGAUCCCACUCUCACACAGGCAGGGGGUCAGUUUUACGUGAUGAUGACCCCCCCUGAUGUCCUGCAGUCAGGCACCCCCCGAACUAUCGCCCCCCGCACACACGCCUACUCCACAGAUGAAAACGAGAUGCUGCAACAUGACUUAAACUGGAAAAUGGACGGGCCACGGACGCCGAGGGACGAACGGAGGCGAGCGCAGCACAACGAAGUGGAGAGGCGGAGGAGGGACAAGAUUAACAACUGGAUCGUCACCCUCUCCAAAAUCAUCCCCGACUGCAACAUGGAUGCCACCAAGACUGGAGCGGGGGGAUUCUGUCCAAGGCGUGUGACUACAUCCGUGAGCUCCGGCAGAGCAACCAGAGGCUGCAGGAGAGCUUCAAAGAGGUGGAGAGAGUGCAGGUGGACAACGAGCUGCUGCGACAGCAGAUCGAGGAGCUGAAGAACGAGAACGCCCUGCUCAGAGCACAGCUGCAGCAACACGGCAUCGAGGGCGUGGGAGAUGCGGGGACGCAGUGAGGGAGGAGCGGAAGAGGAGGAGGAGGA